UUUUUGAUUGUCUGACGUGGUUAUGUCUGUCAAGCUGCUUGGUUUAAAAGUAGUUGCUAGUCGACAAAUUUUUUGCCGACAGAAGACAGCGGGCACUGCUGCUGUUGGUGAGAUCAUCAACUCUUGUGAAAGAGGAGCAUGGGUGACUGUGCAGUGGCAAACGACGGGAGAGAAACAAAAUUAUUACAAGGAUGAAAACGGUCUUUUUGCGUUAAAGAUUCUCAGUAGCGAAAGUGUACAAGUCGAUAUUGCUCAAGAUAUAUAUACAUGUGAUCUGUGCCUAGCCAACCCUCUGAAAGGAACAAGGUGGACCUGCACUAGGUGUCUUCAAUUUGACUUGUGCACCAAAUGCUAUUGUUGUGGUCUGGACCACCAGGAUCACAAAUUCGAAAGAUUUGUCACAGAUACAGCAGAUGGGCAUUGUAAGCAGCGAAUUCAAUGCCGGUUAUCGUUUACCAAAACCUGCAUGCUUCCAAGUCCAAAGCCGCUAAAUGUCAGAGACUGGAACAUAAAGGAAAAUUGGCGACGCUGGCGACAGAUGUGGACAUCAUAUGAAAUGGCAUCUAGAAUGAACUCUCAGCCAAGUGAAUAUCGAAUAGCUUCUCUGAUAACGUGCCUUGGUGAGGAAGUCCUAGAGAUAUUCAACUCACUUACGUUUGACUCUGAGAACGAAAUACAGAAGAUAGAUCGUCAUAAAUUCAACCAGCGGAACCAGCAAGGGUCUGAGUCAUUCGAUGCUUAUGUAACAUAUGCAUUGUUGAAAGGAUUAAGACAUGUGAUUAUGGUACUAUGUCAAAAGACCUUCUGCGAGAUAGAAUAGUUUGUGGUAUACGAAAUAAUUCUAAACGGAAAGUGCUGUUGCAGAAGAGAAGCUAGAUGUCGCUACGUGCAGAUAUUUGUCGAUCUGCAGAGACAGCUAACAAUCAGUUGAAAAUGAUGGCGGAAUCUGAGACUGACCAACCAUCUAACAUAUACUAUGCACAUGCAAAUCACCAUCGAUGGAUACCUUGAGAAGACGUGACCAAGGCAAGAAUGCUGAAGCAACUCAGUUAUAUUACUGUAACUAUUGUGGUCAGCAUCAUUUAAAGGGCAGAGGAGAUUGUGGAGCCUUUGAGUGCAAAAAACAAAUUGUGGAAGUCUUGCUUCAGUGUGCAAAACACCUUGCUGCACAAAAGAAGAGUUCCUCAAGUGUGAAGAACGGGUAGUCAGUGACAGUAAAGAAAACGAGUCAACUUAGAAAUAUCUUAUGACACUGUCGUCAAAUUUGAACAAUGUGGGAGUUGUUAACGGAUUGUGCCCUUCUAAGUUGUAUGCAACUAUGCAGGUGGAAGAUCGGCCUGUUGUAUUUCAACUAGCGCAACGUGUAACAUUAUUAGUAAAAUAUACUUAGCACAAACUGUUCAGGUCUCUCCAACGUGUCAAAUUUUGUCAAUGUUUGACCACACUCGUCUACAACCACUUGGAAAAUGUACGGUAC